AUGUAUAGUUCAAGCCCAAUAAUAUAUAAAAAGUUUAAGAUAUAUAAUAAUCGAGAUGUAAUAAUAAUAGUUGGAAUCAAUAAAAAAGAAGAUGCAUACAGUAUUUGUGAAUUAAAACGAGAUAAAAAAAUAGAAAUAAAAAAAUAUUAUGAAAUAUUUGGUAAAACAAAUUAUCGAAAUUUAAUAAAAAAAAAAAAAGGAGAAUAUUUAUGUAGAUGUGAAGGGAUAUUAGGAUGCAUACAAUUUCUAAAUUAUCCAUAUUUAUAUGUAGUUACAGAUAAAGAAAAAAUUGGGGUUUUAUUUAAUGAACAUGCCAUAUAUAGUGUAAAGAAUGUUCUAUUAAUACCUUUUAAAGAAACUGUAUUUGAAAAAACAAAUCAUGAAAAUAAUUUAGUACAAAUAUUUUACAAUUCAGCAAAUCAUAAGUAUUUAUAUUUUUCAUAUACAUAUAAUUUAGCUAAUAGUUUACAAAAUAAUUAUUUUAUACAAAAAGAAUAUUUGAAAGGAAAUAUAAUAUAUAAUAGAAAAUAUAAAAAUAAUUAUAUAUGGAAUUUUUACCAUUGUAAAUCAUUUUUAAAAAAAAAUAUUUUUAUUUGUCUUUUUGUAAUAAAUGGUUAUUUAAUUCAAUCUAAAAUACAAUUUUCAGGAAAAUAUGUUGACAUCACAUUUGUGGCUAGGCGUAGUUAUAAAUAUGCUGGAACACGUUAUAGAAAACGUGGAAUAAAUUAUAAUGGAUUUUCCGCUAAUGAAGUAGAAUCUGAAAUUAUUUUACAUGAAAAAAAUAAUAUAUCGAAUGGUAUAUUAUCUUAUGUACAUUUAAGAGGAUCUGUACCAAUAUUAUGGAAUCAAUCUAUAAAUUAUAAAUUGUUAAAAAAACCAAAAAUUAAAUGUUUAAAAACAGAUAUAAAUUUUAUAUGUACAAAGAAACAUUUUAGUUAUUUAUUUAAAAAAUAUGGUUAUCCAAUUACAGUUGUUAAUUUAUUAAGCAAAAAUAAAUAUAGUGAUGAAAAUUUAUUAUCUAAUACAUAUAAAACAUGUAUUAAUGCAAUUAAUAAAUAUAUCCCGUCAACUAUUCGAAUUUUAUACAAACAUAUAGAUUUAAGAAAAUCAUAUAAAAUAGGAACAAAGUUUGCUCAAUAUAAUUUAAAACUUUUAUUUAAAUUUUCUUUAAAUAAUAUAGGUUUUUUUUUUACACACAAUAAUCAAGUUUUGUCAAUGCAAAGAGGUGUACUUCGUUUUAAUUGUGUGGACUGUAUAGACAGAACCAAUGCUGCUCAAAUUUUUAUAAAUAUAUAUAUGUUCAUAAAAUUUAUUACAUUAAUAAAUGUGUUAAAAAAAUCUGAUUUAUUUAUAUCUGAUUUAAAACAACUUUUUCAAAUGUGUGAACAAUUAGGAGAUGCUGUAGCAAAACAAUAUGCAGGUUCUAUGGCUCAUAAAAAAUACACUUCUGAACAAUAUACAAAUUUUUUUAUACAAACAAAAGAGUUAUUUACAUCAAUUAAAAGAUAUUAUAUCAGCUCUUUUAACGAUUUAGAAAAACAAAAUUCAAUAAAUUUAUAUUUAGGUGUUAUUAAAUCUAAGCUUAAUGAAAUAUCAAAUGCACAUUACCUCGAUACUUAUAUCCAUAAUUCCUUUUUCAAAGAUUUUGGAAAUGAUAAAUAUUGGUGGGUUCUACCUCUAGAGCACUUUUAUUAUAAAGUAGAAUCACUACUUGAUGGACCAUUCGAUAGAUGUGAAAAAUGGAACAAAAAAAAAAAAAAAAAAUUAUGUAGACAUAAAAAAAAAACAAAAUUAUAUAUAUCAAAAUUAUCUUUGCAUUUAAAAGGAUAUACAAAAAUUGUAAAAAAUAUAAACGCCAAUUUAAAAUUCUAUAAUUGUUAUAGUAAAACAAAUGUUUUUAAAAAUAUGUAUAAUGCCAAUAAUAUUCUUAAUAUAUUUUUAAAACAAAAUUCAAUAUUAAAUUUGGAAAAAUAUUCAAAUAUAAAUAAUAUUACUAAAGUUAAAAGACCCCAAGGAAUAUACACAAAAAAUAAUAUAGUAAAUAAUAAUCAAAUAAUUUUUAAUUUUUUUAAAGAAAUUUGCUACACAUUUGAAUAUUACAAUGUUUAUAAAAACAACUUUAAUAAAUUUUUUAAAAAUAAAAAUAUUUUUCGACUAAAAAUUUGGAGAUUAAUUGCUUGUUAUAAUUACCUAAAUUAUUUGAAAAUAUUUUUUCAAUUUUUUUUUCUUGUUUAUUAUUCUUUUUGUUCUAAAUAUAACGUUAUUCAAGUUUAUUUGGAACAUUUGCGAAUCAUUUCAGAAUGGCAAACAAUCCAAUUAUCACAUCAUGAAACACCCCAAACAAACAAAACAAACGAAAUAAACAAAGACAAAUAUUAUUUGUAUAGUGAUGGGAAUAACUACUCGCAAAGUAGCUUUGAUGAAGAAAGUUGUAUUGUUAACAGAAUCGACAAUUUAUUCCACAUUUCAAGCCAAUUUAAUUCUUAUAAAAAUGAUGUAGAAAAUAUUAUUGAACAAUUUAAAAAACGGGGGAAUAUGGCUAUUGUAUUACAUUCAUAUAUUAAUUAUUUUUAUAUAAAUAAAUUUAACUAUAAUUAUUUUAUUCUAAACUUAUCAUAUAUAUCAGAGGAAGAUAACCAAGCCGUUUCGGAAAAUCGAGUAAAAAAUAGUAAUGAUAAAAUCAGUCAUAUAAAUUGUGAAAACCAAAUGGAUGUACAAACAAAAAAAAAAAAAAAAAAAAAUACAGAGCUUUUUAACGAAAUUGCAAUGUCUUGUAGUAACUAUCAAAUCAAAGGAUUGUAUGCUUUUAGUUCCAAAAUAAUUCAUAAAAAAAAAUAUUAUUGUGGAAAAAAAAAUGAUUUAAAAAGCAAACUAAUUUUUUCAGCUAAUUAUUGUUUCAAAAAAAAAUCGAAACUUAUAUUGGAUAAUCAUAAAAAAAAGAAAAAAACUAUUAUAAAUUUGCCGCGUGUAUAUAGUCCAAUAUAUUUUAAUGUAAAACUGUUAAAAUAUUUUAUGUUUGUUCAUUAUUAUUCUUCUUCUAAUUAUAAUAAUUUAGCGAAUGUAAAAAAAAAAAUUGGAAUAAUUGAUAUGGGAAAAAAUAAAGAUUUGGUAGAAAUACAAAAUGCAAAUAAUAUUCAUAAAUCAAAUAAAGCUAUUACUUUUUAUAAUAUUCAAUUUUAUCUCAAAAAAAUUAUUGGAAUGCAUAACGGGUGUAAUAUUAACACAUUUUUCAAUGAACUAUAUAUGUCUUAUAUUUAUAGUUGUCAUUAUUACAAAAAAUUUAAUUUGAAUUUCCAAAGGGAUAUAAAAACACUUUUUUAUAAUACUACAAACUCAAUUAAUAAUUGUAAUAAUAAUAAUAAUGAUAACAAUGAAAAAAAGGCAAGUAAUAUAAAAUCAGAAAAAAUUCAAUUUUUGCAUGAAUAUAAUUCAUUUGAAAAUAUUUUAAAAGAAAAAAAAAAAAUUAAAUUAAUCGAUGAAAAAAUACACAAUGAAAUAAAUCAUCAUUAUCAACUAGCUAAUAAAUAUAUGUCUAUUGAUAGCUUCCAAAAAAAAUAUUAUCAUGAAAUGAAAUAUUUUCAAGAAAAAGAUCAAAAAAUUAAAAAUUAUUUUAAAAAAAAUACUAAACUAUGUAAUAUUUCAAAUAAAAAUGACCAUAGUACUAAGAUAGUUGAGUUCAUUGAAAAUGUCAAAUUAAUUAAUAAAAAACAAGUAUAUAAAUGGGAACAUAAAAAUGUUGAAAAUUUUAAUUCAUUAUAUGAUAAACUUGAAAAUAAAAUGAAUUAUCACGAUUAUUGUGAUCCUCUACGUAGAAAAAUAUUUGCCUAA